GGCAUUUGCGGUGACUGGACUCCAACAACUCACCGGAUUUGUCCUGAUGAUGGCCUGGAUGGCCUUGUCCAGAUGUACGCCCUACCGGUACGUCCCAAAGAAGCUGACAUCGCGGACGGACUACUUAGCGGUCCUCCUCUUCUCCUGUGCGUUCACCGCGAACAUCGCCCUGAACAACUACAGCAUGGCCCUGAUACCCAUCUCGGGGGCGCGAAGAGCGGACCAAACGUCAUCGUCCACUCGCGGCUCGAGCCCGACGCCAUCAGCUCCGGAGGAGGCGCGGGACAAACGCGACCCCAACGUUGUCAGCUACGAGAAUGGCGCGACGAAGCACGAACCCAACAAGGUCAACUAUGAUGGUGGAAGCACAAGCCCGACGACAGCAGCUACGGUGAAUCUCAUCAUCCGGUCGUGCUUCCCGCUGCCCACCUUCCUCGCCCAGAAGCUGGUGAGCUGGUGCACCAAAGACAAGGCGAAGGACUCCUCCCUGGUGGAGCUGGGGCUCAUGCUGCUCGGCGUCCUCUGCGCCUGCAUCGCGGUCAUCGCCAAGAUGAAGUCGUCAGGCACCCUCGCCAGCGAGUCCAGGAACCUCGUCUGGGGCGUCACAGUCUGCGUGAUCUCCUGCUUCGCCGGAGGG